ACACAGGGUUUCUUCUUCCAGGAAGCGUCGGGCAGUCGGAUGCUCUGCUGGAAUGCCUGGGAGAGAGAGAGCGGAUCCUUUCUGUCCAUUUUCUGAAAGAGAGAGCGGGGAGAGCCAGCGGGGCGGAGGUGGAGGAGGAGGAGAGGAGGAGGAGGAGGAAGAGGGUUGGCGAUAGUGAGAGAGGUGCAGACAUGGCUUCUAGAGAGAUCACUGGUUUCGUGAGUGUGACCAAGGAAAUCACAGAGAGCAUCAAGAAGACUGUUGAUAAAUCAUCAAUCAAGUUUGUUUAUGGCAUUAAGCUCGACACCAAAAGUGGCAGAACGGAGGACAGAAUCCUGGUCCUCACGACAUGGCGUCUCUAUUUCCUGCCUCCAAAGAUCCCCGCCAAGGUAGAAUCUACCUUCAACUUCUUGGAGAUUCGAGCUUUGAAUUCUCACCCCGAGCACCAGGUCGUCAUCGACACAGACAAAUCUAGCCACUCUCUGAGGUUCGAGUCCCGCGAACAGCUCAACAAUGUGGUCAGCCACAUUAACUUUGCCCUGUCCCGAAUAUUCAACAACUCUAUUUUUGCCCCCUCCAUCUGUCAUUCAGACAGCGACCUUUCUGAGGGCAGCAGGAAGUACUCACCCAGCUCCGAGACAUCAGUGGAGACGCAGAGAGCCUGUGGAGGCUUCUCGGAGACGUACUCGGCUCUGUGCGACUACAACGGCAUCAGCUGCAAGGAGGAGGUGCAGUGGGAUGUGGACACCAUCUAUCACUCCCAGGACAGCCGAGAGUUUAACCUGCUGGACUUCAGCCACCUGGAGAGCAGGGAUUUGGCCGUGAUUGUUGCAUCAAUGGCGUACAACACCUGGUUCACCAAACUGUACUGCAAAGACCUGCGCAUUGGGUCAGAGGUCACAGAACAGGUCCUGCACACGGUCAGCAAGUCGUCCAGUCUGGAGGAGAUCACUCUGGAGAACGCAGGGUUAAAAUCAGAUUUCCCUCAGAAGAUGUCAGCUGCUCUCUCAGAGAAUCCAGCAUCUGUCAUCCACUCGCUCAACCUCGCCCACAACUCACUGGACAACCAGGGUGUUUCAAAUUUAAUCCAGCAGGUGUGUCGCCUCAGCAAAGGGCUCCGUCUGCUCAACCUCUCCAAGACCUCCCUCACCUCCAAAGGUGUGGUGUCUCUCUCUCAGGCUCUGUGCUCCACAGAUGAAUACUCCAACUCUCUGCUGCACCUGGACCUGAGCAAGAACCCCGGGGUGCUCUCAGGGGAGGACGCCUCGAACUUGUAUCUGUUCCUGUCUCAGCCGAACUGCCUGGUCCAUUUGGAUCUGUCGGGCACAGACUGCUGUGUGGACUCUCUAUUUGGGGCUCUUCUGAGGGGGUGUUGCGCUGAUCUUUCCUUUCUGAAUCUUUCCAAAAAUUCCUUCUCCCACAGGAAAGUGAAGGACACGCUGCCUCUGUUCCGUCAGUUCUUCAGCUCGGCCUUCAGCCUCAGCUAUGUCAGCCUGGCCUCGAUGAAGCUGCCCCCCGAUGUUCUGAGGGCUCUGCUCACGGGGUUAACCUCCAACCCUCACAUCAACGACCUUCAUCUGGACAUCAGCGGCUGUGAGCUGAGGUCUGCAGGAGCUGCUGUGAUCCAGGAAAUCUUCCCCAGAGUCUCCUCCAUCGGCACGCUGGAUAUCUCCGACAACGGGCUGGAUGCAGACCUUCUCACAGUCCUGCCAGCGCUCUCCAGACAUCCAUCGCUCAAACACCUUCAUCUGGGCAAAAACUUCAACAUCAAAAACAGGGUUCUGGAUGAAGUCCUGCAGAAGCUGGUGCAGCUAAUACAAGAGGAGGAGUGUGCCCUGCAGUCUCUGUCUCUGACUGAGUCUCGCCUGCGCUCUCGGGGCACCGUGCUGGUCAACGCUCUGGGCAGUAACACCUGCCUGAGGAAGGUGGACCUGAGCGGGAACAACAUGGACGACAUCGGAGCCAAGAUGCUGAGCAAAGCACUGCAGAUCAACACCACGCUCAGGAGUGUGACAUGGGAUCGUAACAACACCUCCGCAGCAGGAUUUCUAGACGUGGCCCGGGCGCUGGAACAUAAUUUCACCCUGCAGUACAUGCCUCUGCCUCUGAGCGACAUCAGCCAGGCAUACCGCAGCGCCCCCGAGAGAACGGAGCAGGCACUCACUAAGAUCCAGCGCUCUCUGGUGAGGAACAACCAGACGCAGCGUUUCUCUCAGCGCCAGGCUCUGCGGCUGCACCAAGGCCUGGUGACGAGCACGGCCGAGCAGGUGAUGGAGCGGCUGUGUGUGCGCGUCCAGCAGCAGGUGUGUGUGUUACGAGGCGUCGGGGAGAUGGAGGAGAUUCAAGCUGCUAAACAAGUGCUAAAAGAGGCCAGGAACUCCCGCGCUCUGUACCCGUCGCUGUGUGAGCUGGCUCAUGUUCUCUCUGUGGACGGCCCCGUGCGGCAGAGACUCGACUCUCUGGCGGGGGAACUCACUAAAGCUGCAGACAAGGAACUUCAGGUGAUCGUGGACUCCAUGGUGUCAUUGUGUCGGGAGCUCUGUCCUUUAUCCUCGACUGCAGCAGAGAGGUUGACUCCUCCGCUCUCCUCCGUCUCCGAGCGUGUCUCCAUCCCUCGCUCGGCCAUCCGGACCGCUCUGAUGGAGAGAGCGGCGCAGGACAUUCACCGAGCCUUAGAAGAAGUGAAGCUGUCUGUCGUUUCAUAUCUCACCAACUCCAUCGUGGAUCAGAUCCUGCAGGAACUCUAUGCCACACAUAAGACUCUGACUCGGCAGGUGUCUCAUCUAAAGCGUUGGGACGGGACGUGUGAGGACGGGACGGGCUGGAGGUUUAACAGACACAGAGACUCUCUGGACAUCACAGACGAGGAGCUCAGCACCAGCAUAGACACAAUAGCCAUUAAGAAGCGCAGCUCAAGAACAAGACGAAUACGACCUGUCUCCACCCGUCUGAGUCUGUGCGACGACUCCAGUUCCUCUCCGCCCCCCUCCGUGCCAUCGUACUCCUCCCCGCUGUCCCGCUCGACAUCAUGGGAGGGCCUGUCAGAGCUGCCGACACAGGGAUUGCCUCUCCAUCAUGUGACGAGGGUUAGACCGAGGCCUCCAAGAAGGCACAAAGGAGGAUACAUCCCAGCUGAGACGCAUUGCAGUGAAAAUGGAGGAAUAAGCCCUCUUGACGAUGGUUUCCCAGAUUUCUACACUAAGAGAGUUCUACCUGACAGUCAGCUCUCGUCUCUGCACAAAGCUCACUCUCUUCGGAGGAAGAAGAGGAAAAACAUGCUCGCCAUCUUCAGUUUUCGCAAGAACAAGACGAUGUCCAAUCAGGGGGCGGAGUCUGAGGCUGAGGUUUAUGGCGACAGCUGUCACACUGUUGCUACAGCACCAACAGGGACGGCCACAGAGAACGUGUACACUCUCCUCCAGCCUCCGAGGUCCGCCACCAGAGCUGGAUCCCCCGGUGAGGGGGCUGAUGGGAAAAAUACUCUUGUUUUGAGUCCACCAGCUGUGCCAGGCAUCCCUCAUCCAAGUGUGGGAGGAAGCAAACACCCCUUUUAUUCUCCCAGAGAGAUUCCUGAAGUGGACUCUGUGUUUGAGCAGCCGGCAGACGCAGACAGGUACUGGGCCGACGACAGGCAGAGGACGACUGAGGUGCUGCAGGAAGUCAAACCGUGGGUGGAUGAGAAGCAGCACGCGGACAGGCAGCGCUUUGAUAACAGGACUCUGUCAGAGUCGAGGGCAGACAGGUACUACACUGAGAACAGACAGUGGACAGUGGACAGACACACACAGAGACAGAUCGACAGGAAGAUAGAGAGGCAGUGGAUGGGCGGCAGGCAGAUCGACAGGUCGUGGUCGGAGAACAGACAGAAUGACGUCCAGGGGGACAGUCAGUGUGCCGAGGGCAGACAGACGAGCAGGAAGUCAGACAGACAGGUGCAGGCGCUUCAGCUGGCUCAGAGGCCGCUGCCGCCGUACCCGUCUGACCUGACGCCCUCGCCCAAACAGGAAGCAGAUUAUUUUAAAUGCACAGAGGCAGCAGCUGCUGGAGAGUGGCAGCAGCAGGACGAGCAGGGAGACAGAGCGACAUGUCCUGAUGCAGGCGGAGGGUUCACAGAGGGAUGGAGGGGAGGAGGUCGAGCCGCUCCCUGUGCAUCCAAACCCGAGCCCCCGCCUCAAAGCAGCAAACCAAACCUCCCCAAAGUGAGACAGAGACAUCGCAUGGAGAGCUCCGAGCCUCUGCCAGGUAUGGAAGAGGAGGGAGAGAUUGAGAAGGAUCCUGGAACAAUGGACAAGAAAAGAAGAGACUCGGAGGGUCAACCUCCUCCGAUUCCAGAAAAGCCAAAGACGUCCUCGUAUGUGACUUUAUCAAAAGAAGCAGCCAAUGAGAGGAGCUUACCUCCUCCACCUGUACCGCCUCCUCUUCACAAACCUGUGCACGGACUACCAGACCGAGCUGCAAGUCAAGGUGAAGAAGGACUCAGACCUCAGGCUCCAGUGAAACCACAGAGAAACAGGAAGGCCAUGUCCUGUGACGCAGGCACUGACAGGGAAAGCCCAAAUAACGUUGAGAAGCCCCCAACUCGACUCAAACCCCCCGUGAAAAAACCUAGACUACCCCAAAACAGAAAUAAAUCUCUGGAGCUGUCUGACAGCCUGAACUCAGCCUCCAGUCAGAGCGAGCUGUUGUGAACUUCAGGAGGAGGAGGAAACACGGCAGACAUCAUGAAGCAUCAAGUCACGACUUCUGUUCAAACACUUUUUCUUAACAUCACCUCGUCCUUCUUCACAAAGACGCUGUCUCUCUCUCUUUGCUUUCCUCAUAUGAAAAACUGUCUGUGGCUUCAGUAUUUGAUCAGUAUUUGCUCCUUUAGAAAAGCCGAUCGAUCAUUUCGUCUUUUGUGUUUGGUGAGUCGACUGUUGGAGCAUCGUGGCUUUGCUAGACAGAAAAAUAAAGAAAACCAUUAGAAUGUGAUUUCUUAACUCUGCAUUUUAAACUGAGCGCCUCAGUUUACACUUGAAAAUGAGUUGCUUCUUAUCAGAUGAUGAUUUAUAUCUAGUUUUGCUUUCAGGAUCUGAAAGGUGAUAUAUUUUAUAGAAAAAAAAAAAUAUUAUGUAUGAGCACCCUCGCUGUAUGAAUAAAACACAUAA